AUGUCAGCAUUCUUCUUCUCAACUCCGGUCGACAUCGACAUUGUCCUCGAAGACGCCGACGAGCGACAGACAGUCGAUGUUAAGCUCGACAAGAACAGACGGGAAAAGGCGCCCCUAUAUCUCGAUGGCGAGUCUGUCAAAGGCGCUGUCACAAUAAGACCAAAGGAUGGGAAAAGGCUGGAACACACGGGUAUCAAGGUCCAAUUCAUCGGUCUGAUAGAAAUGUUCUUUGACCGGGGAAAUCAUUAUGAGUUCUUGUCGCUAGGACAGGAACUUGCUGCGCCGGGGGAGCUCCAACAUCCUCAGACCUUCCCAUUCAACUUCAAGAACGUCGAAAAACAGUACGAGUCAUACAACGGCAUCAACGUCAAGCUCCGAUACUUUGUGCGCGUCACAGUCUCGAGAAGGAUGGCCGAUGUUAUUCGGGAAAAGGACAUUUGGGUCUACUCAUAUCGGAUACCGCCGGAGACAAACAGCUCAAUCAAGAUGGAUGUCGGCAUUGAAGACUGCUUGCACAUCGAGUUCGAAUACUCCAAGAGCAAAUACCACCUCAAAGAUGUCAUUGUUGGGAGAAUCUACUUCUUACUGGUUAGACUGAAGAUCAAACAUAUGGAGCUGUCUAUCAUCCGACGGGAGACGACUGGUGUCGCCCCCAAUCAAUACAAUGAGAGCGAGACGUUGGUGCGGUUUGAGAUUAUGGACGGUUCUCCAUCAAGAGGCGAAACGAUCCCCAUCCGACUGUUCUUGGGAGGCUUUGACCUGACCCCGACCUUCCGCGAGGUGAACAAGAAAUAUUCCACCAGAUAUUACCUCAGUCUGGUGUUGAUUGACGAAGAUGCCCGCCGCUACUUCAAACAGUCAGAAAUAGUGCUCUACCGACAGGCGCCCGAACUAGCUCCCCCACUAGCAACAGACCAGCCUGGUGCUGGCGGCAAAUUGCCCAUCCACACACCGCCGACACCUGCCUAA